AUGACUGUCUACUGCACCUUUUGUGGAAACGGCUUCUCCAGAGCUGAGCAUCUGGAACGGCAUCUGCUGAUCCACAACGAUGCGAGGCCAUUCAGCUGCGAAACAUGCCAUUUGAGCUUCAGACGAAGAGACCUCCUCCGUCGCCACAUCCGCAACGCACACGCCCCGCCCACCGCCGAUGAUCCCCAGGGCAUCGCGAAACCCCCGGAUAGAAGCCCACAUGCGUGCAUCAAUUGCGUCAAGAACAAGACUAAAUGUGACAAAGAUAUGCCGUGCACGCGAUGCGUGCAACGGGGCUGGACGUGCGAACCAAGGCCAUCCCGGCGAUCGCAGAAACAUCCCAAAGCAAGUGCAGAGCAGGACAAGGCACUGGACCGGGAACAGUCCAGCUCCGCGGCGUCGACGGCAGACACAGCGGCUGAUGAACAGGGCCCGGCCGUCCACGAUCAAGACGCUGUUCUGCAAACACCCUCUCCGCUGGCCACGACUCUAUUUUCGCUAGACCAAAUCCCCGCCCCCGAUCCGAAGGCCUUCAUCGAUCACAGCCAUCUCAGCGAGCCGUCGCCCUUGCUUGCCGACAUUCCCCAUGUCCACCAGCUAUACUUCGAGAACACCGAUAACCCAGACUUUGGCUGGCUGGACGAUGGCAUGAUGCCAGGGUUGACCAUGGAUGGGGAGUCGAUAGAAACAUCUCCAGAGCCUCCGAACUCGGCGAGAUUGCUCUAUCCCCCACCGACAAUGACGGCCGACUGUGGCUCCCCUCUACCGCCCGUGCCAGCUAUGCAGCCUGGCUCAGAUUACUUUGGGACGUAUGAAGCUUCCCUGGAACCGCACAAGGAGACCAUGCAAUCUCGCGACGACCGGCUUGAGAAAUCAGACGUCGACAUGACGAGCAUUGCUCACGGUGCUGUGUCAGAGCCUACACUCAAUGCAACACCACCAUACGUGGUCGAGACCUUUACCGCAGACGCGCGAGAUCGUCUCAUUAUGGUCGUCCAGCGUGUUUUGCACAUGGGAAGCCAACGCUCAGGGGCUGAGAUGCAGGGUUACCUGCAACUUCCUCAACCGAAUGUCUUGGAGUCUCUGCUGCACGGUUUCAUGCAAAACGACCAGGCCUACUUCGACCUCAUCCCCGGGAGAUUUCUCGAGACCUCGGUACUCGUGCAAUCAGGAGACUACGGUACUCUACCUGGUCUCUUUCUCCUUCUGGCUCUGGCAAAAGGCGCAAUAUGCAGUGGCAGUGCAGACGGCUGUGCAUUGGCCGACACACUUAUGAAUGCUUGCCUAGCAGCGCUAUCCGAUGUCACGGUCAAGACAUCCCACUGGCAGGGAGGCUUCAAGGCCUUCCACUCUUUAUUACUACUCCAAGACCUGGCAGCUUGGAGUAGCAGCUCAAAUACCCAAAAGAUUGGCAGGUCCAUGUGGAUGAAGGGAAUCAAGAUGCUGCAUGAGGAUGAUUUGAUGGAAUACAAGCCGCUCCAGCUCGGUCCCAGCGUAGACAAAGAGGCAUCCUUCCACCUGUGGAGGAACCGGGAGUAUCAAAGCAGGCUGCUACACGCAUGGCUGCUGACUGAUUUGGAGAUGAGUCUUUUCAAUGACUGUCUCCCAAAAGUCUCAGCGAAGGACAUCCGAGCCGCCCUUCCGGAAAGCCCGCUUCUCUGGCAUGCCCGGUCCGUUGACGAGUGGCUUUCUGAGUAUCAACGGAUGUUCGCAGAUGACAGCCCACAGACCCAACUGCAUACUGAAUCCUUUUCAGAGGCAGUCCGCAAGUUCAUCCAUGGAAGCGGGGAUUCCUUGCUACAAGGCAACGUCUGCCCCACCAAACUUCUCGGCGUCCUCCUUCACUCUCUACACUCACUCUCCUCCCAUCUUCAUUACUCGUUCGACUACAUGUUCCCAACAUCCGAUCAUGGCUCGUACUCCGUUUUUACUGCCUCGAGGGCUCUCUCUGGGGAGGCACAAGUGCUUCUCGAAAGAUGGCUAAAGCUCUACAAUACGGUAAAAGCAACAUCACACCACGGGUCAUCAAACACAAAAUACCUCAUCAUGUACCACUUUAUUUGGCUGAACCAGCUUACCUCCUUUCCUCGAAUCGAACGCAUGCUCUGUCAGGGGCAAUCCAUCAAUCCCGCAACCACAUCUUCAUGGCUCCGUCUGCGGUGGGAGGGUGACCUUCCACGAAUACUAUACCACGUCGGCCAAGCCAUCAAGCUCAUCAAAGACCUUCCUGCCCGAGAAAGGCCAAGUUGGUGGGCUGCGGCAAUGUACCGAGCCAUCCUCAUCGCAUGCGCCUGCUCCCUUGCAUACUCUGCCAUGCCGCGCCCAUCGCCGUCAGCAGCAAGCGAGGCCGGAUCGCGGCGGCCAACGAGGGUCGUGGCAAUUGACAAAGAGCUUGCGGACAACUCCGUUUCGCAAGCUUACCUCGACGAGAUGAUGGACAGCAUGCCCGCCCUCACUUGCAAGGACGGCCGUCUACUUUCCUUGGAUACACCCACCAACGUCCUGGAUCACUCUCUGCACGUUUGGUCUGAGAUGGAACCAGAGCCGCAUGCUUCCAAGUGGCUACUCACCAAGCUCAACUGCCUUCGAGAGCUAUAG